UGUGCCAAUCUAACUCUUAUGAUGUAUAUAGGCUUCCUGAACGACAUUAUGACACAAAUGUAACGGGAUUAGAGUUCAUAUGGCCUUCUAUGAGUAAUUUUGGAAUAGGAGAAAAUAAUAAAGUCGUCCUUAGAUGUAAAGUACGCAGUGAUGCAGAACCUAAUUUCGAGUGGGUGAGGAUAGAUAAUUCAACAUCUGCACACAUCAAAAUAAAUGGCAAUGAUGAUGGACGGUAUUCUAUCUACUUCACAAAACGAUCAGGACUACGAUACGGCAGUAAACUUGUAAUACGAAAUACGCAAGCAUCGGACUCUGGAAUUAUAAAGUGCCGUGUCAAUGUUAGAUGGUCCACUGUCAUAGAAAGACAAUUUAGAGUUCAUGUUCAAGAAUAUCUAUUGACUCCGAUUAGACUAGAGUCGUAUACACAGGAAGGUGAAGGAAUCGUUCAAAUUCGCCAUAAGAACAAAUGGACUUAUUUUUAUUACUAUGAUUUCAGUACAGUUAAGGCAUCUAUGGCGUGUCGGUCUCUUGGAUAUCCAUAUGGAGGUGUACCACGAAUAACAUAUGAAGAGAUAGGUAUAUUUCGUUUAAAUUAUUGGAGGCACAAGAAAAAUAAAAAUCCAAUGUGUAUAGGUGGAAUUAGUUGUUUACUAAAUGUUACAGAUAUUGGCCAAUGUAAGCUGAAGAAACCAUCUAAAUGUUUUCUGGCACAUGUGGUUGGAGUAACUUGUAGGCUUGAACCUGUGAAAAUUCCAGAUGUACCCAUUCGUUUGAUGAUACCAGGAAAGGAUAUCCAGAAUUUAAGAGAAGGUGUUGUAGAAGUGUUCCUAAAUGACCACUGGGGAUUUGUUUUAGGAAUCGAACAGUCCGAAGUCAAUGUUUUUUGCAAAACACUUGGUUUUGAGUAUGGUGGUCAGAGUUAUAAAACAUUAGAUGUUCUUCAAAGUACUCAAUUUGGUCGUCUUGACAUUACAAACGAAAUUUUGCAAAACUUUUCAUGUCCCGAAAACGCAUCGCAUUUAAAUGAGUGUAGUGAUAUGGAGUGGACAGAACGUUCGUCGUUUGGAUGGGAUAGGUGGAACAUUUUGUCUAUAAGAUGUUGGACAUAUGCAGAAAUUAAUGAUUCCGGAGUGCAAAUACGACUAGCAGGGUUAAACAUAGAACACGAAGGACGAGUUGAAAUUUUGCAUAACAAUAUUUGGGGAAUCAUCAAUGAUCGCUGGUUUGAUUACCCGGGAGCAAACGUGUUGUGCAAAAUGAUCGGGUAUCAGUAUGGAGGAGUGCCGAUAUAUAAUAAGUACCUUCCCGGACUGGGACCACUAUGGAUAGACUACAUCGAAUGUCCUUUAAUUGCCAACGAUUUAAAGGAUUGUGAGUUUGAUUGGACAAGUGAAGACAAAAGAGUGUCCUUUGGUGUGGGACCAGCAGUUGUGAAAUGUAGGACAGAACCAGUUGAAGUCCCAGAAGUAAAGUUUAGACUAAAAGAAGGAUGGAGGAGAGAUAUACUUCAGUACUUUAAAGACGGCUACUGGGGUUAUGUUUGUGGGGCCUACAUGGGUACCUCUGAGGCAACGGUGUUCUGUCAAAUGUUAGGUUUUACUAAAGGUGGACAUAUAAUCAAUGAUGUUGAUAAUGGAAAAGAAUCACAAAACUAUCAUAGGACAAAUGUCGCACCAACCAUAUUAAAAUACAUUGAAUGUCCAUGGAAUUCAGUACACCUGGAUCAGUGUUCAGAACGUAAAUGGAGUCACAAAGAUAAUAGAAUAAUCUGCGACUCCCACAAGCGAGAUUUAAGACUCAAGUGUAGGUCAACUCCUUUUCCAGAGUAUGAAGUGCAGUUAUUUGGAGGAAAUUCGACUAAUGAAGGUGAACUUCUUGUAAAAUAUGAUAACACGUGGACAACGGUACAUUCUCAUAAAUUCCCAACAACAAAUGUAGCUGUGGUAUGCAGGCAGCUUGGAUUUAGACAUGGAAGAGAAGAAAACAGUAAAGACUCUGUUUACAUGGUUCAUGAAAAUAGUCCAUUUUGGUUAAUUUUCAAAUGCAAUGGAAAAGAACAGAAUGUGGGACAAUGCAAUUCAAUGGAAACACAGCCAUUCUCACCAUUUGAAAGCCAAGUGUCAGUGUUUAUUAAGUGCUAUGAAAAAAGCGAUCCCGAGCUCCAGAUGACAGUUUCUUUAGAAAGUGAUGGAAAAGUUAUUGUUCAUCGACAGGGAGAAACAUGGGAGAUCUGUUCUUCUCGAUGGUCUGAUUUCCAUGGCAACUCUCUAUGGGAUGAUGUUACUGCAACGGCUGUCUGUCGCAUGUUAAAUAAAAGCAAUGGAACCGCAACACACUUACCUUUUGAUUCUCGAGAAAGUCCAGCAACGGCAAAUAACAUACAACAAGUUUAUUGUCCUAGAGGAGCUUCACAUCUCGGAGAUUGUUUCUAUGGACGUCUUGGUUUCAAGGAUUAUUGGUUUUCCCCAUGGGCACCAGGUGAUUGCAAUGAAGCAGUAAUGCAUAAGACAUAUCGUGGUGGUGUACAAUGCAGCAUAUAAAGAUUUGACAUACUUAUCAAAUUUGAUACGCUUGAAAAGAGUUUGAAAAUCGAUCUGAAAUGUACAGUUAGGUCUCUGAUAAUAUUUUCUAUCCACAUUAUUUUCACAAACAUUAUAAACUAUUUUGAAUAAACAGCAAGAUGAUUAAACAAUGUUGUGUAUCAUACUCUCCAAUGAACCAAUACCCUAAAAAUCAUGUAAUCGUUUCAUUGUCAGACACUUUCAACAUU